AAAGGUUUUUCGUAAUGCUAGUUUUUUCAUACUGCUAGUUUCAUACUGUACUUUUUUCUUAUCUAAAUUCUCUCUUUGCUAUCACUAUCCAUCUUAUCAUAAAAAGUAAAAUAACUCUUUCAAGGGCUUUUAUGUAACUUUGCACUUAUUUACCGCACGUUCCCAAAGUUUUUUCCAGAGAAAAUAACAUUUCCUUUUCAAAUCGGUUGCGCAAUUAAAGAUCCCCACUUUCCCUAAUCUUCCAGGUGACCCUUCAUCCUGCCUUUCCCUUUUAGCAACUGCAAGAAUCAGGCAAACAAUAAUUGAAAUCCUCUUUCAAUUUCAGCUUUAUUCCUUGAUUUCUUUUUUAAAGUUAUUCGAGAAACCCUAGUUUCCGAACUUGAAAGGUAAUGAGGCGGUGGUUUUAAUUCAAUAAUCUGAUUUCGUUUUUCUUUUUUUUUUUCUUUUGUUAAUUGCUGUAAUUUUAUCCGGAUAUAUUCAUUGGCGAAGGUCAAAAAAUUUUUUUUGAUUAAACUAAUCGAAAAGUUUCAAGCUUGGGGAAAGCUAAUCUCCAAAACGGAGACUCUGGAUUGAACUCGUGGCAUGCAACUCCUGAAACGACGCCGUCGUCGUUCUUAGUCAACAAAUUUUGCGGUAAUAAUGCAAUCGCAAAUUUCAAAUUUUAGGAAAUUAUAGAAGGGGAUUCCGUUCAUGAGAUGCAAUAACAGAAACCAUGGGAGAUGGCAAUAACACCUCAGGCAGAGGCAUUGCAGCCAACAAUACUACCUCAUCCAGCAACAGUGAGAAGCCGGAGUGGCUGCAUCAGUACAAUCUUCUUGGCAAGAUUGGUGAAGGUACUUAUGGUCUUGUGUUUCUUGCAAGAAUCAAGUCUCCAACAAAUCGCGGAAAAUGCAUUGCCAUAAAGAAGUUCAAGCAGUCCAAAGAUGGGGAUGGUGUCUCACCCACUGCCAUCCGAGAAAUCAUGUUGCUUCGGGAGAUUUCACAUGAGAAUGUUGUGAAGCUUGUAAAUGUGCACAUUAAUCAUGCAGAUAUGUCAUUAUAUCUGGCUUUCGAUUAUGCUGAAUAUGACCUCUAUGAAAUCAUUAGGCACCACAGGGACAAGGUUACCCAUGCCAUCAACCAAUACACUGUUAAAUCAUUGCUCUGGCAGCUGCUUAAUGGACUGAACUAUCUCCACAGCAACUGGAUCAUACAUAGAGAUCUAAAGCCAUCAAAUAUAUUGGUAAUGGGUGACGGUGAUGAACAAGGAGUUGUCAAAAUUGCUGAUUUUGGACUUGCAAGGAUUUAUCAAGCUCCCUUGAAGCCAUUAUCUGAAAAUGGUGUGGUUGUAACUAUUUGGUAUCGUGCACCUGAGUUGCUUCUUGGUGCUAAGCAUUAUACCAGCGCAGUUGAUAUGUGGGCUGUUGGAUGCAUUUUUGCUGAGCUUUUGACUUUGAAGCCACUUUUUCAAGGGGCAGAAGCCAAAUCCACACCAAAUCCUUUUCAACUUGAUCAGCUGGACAAGAUAUUUAAGAUCUUAGGCCAUCCCACCCUGGAAAAGUGGCCCACACUUGUAAAUCUUCCACAUUGGCAGUCAGAUAUGCAGCACAUUCAAGCGCACAAGUACGAUAAUGCUGGUCUUCAUAGUUUUGUUCAUCUUUCUGCCAAAAGUCCUGCAUUUGACCUCUUAUCUAAGAUGCUUGAAUAUGAUCCUCAAAAACGUAUAACAGCAGCACAGGCCUUAGAGCAUGAGUACUUUAGAAUUGAGCCCUUACCAGGUCGCAAUGCACUGGUACCCAGCCAACAUGGAGAGAAAAUUGUCAAUUAUCCUACUCGUCCAGUGGACCAGAACACUGAUUUUGAAGGGACAACUAGCAUUCAACCAUCACAACCCGUGUCAUCUGGAAAUGCAGUUGCUGGCAACAUGGGAGGUGCUCAUUCUGGGAGAAAUGGAUCUGUCAAUCGGCCUGUGCCACCUCCUCCCAUGCAAAGAAUGCCUCAGGGCAUGAUGGCUUAUAAUUUCCCUUCUCAGGCUGGAGUGGGUGGUGGAAUGAAUCCAGGAGGUAUGCCAAUGCAGCGGAAUCUUGCUGCCCAACCCCAUCAGCAGCAACAGUUGAGAAGGAAAGAUCCAGGAAUGGGCAUGACUGGAUACCCCCCGCAGCAAAAAUCAAGACGCUUGUAAGAAUUUAACUUCUAAUAUGUUGAUCAUCUAAAUGUAAUCAAGCACGAUGUUGUAUUCUUUCAAUUUCAGUAUAAUAUUAAACUUAUUUCAUGGAAUUUAUGACCCACUGACUUACGAGAUCUAUAAAUUUAUUGUUGUGAGCUCUUUUCCUGUCCAAUUGCUAACCAUGCUUCAAAUUCCAAGUCAUGGCCUGCUGUACUGUGAGCUCCCUCAGGUUCGAAAUUUCGGUUGGAUAGCCUUGCUGUCCUUGCUUGAUGAACUUUUUCCGUGCUGAAUCUAUUUAUACGUUGCAAAUUUUUGUUUGAUGACUCACGAUUUAACUCUUUGAAAGUUAGCGAAGAUAAGGUGCACAGGUGAGUCUAUUGACCCAUCUAUAGGCCUCCCAAACUCAAAGGUUACAGAUCUCAAACCUUGUUUGACUUUUUGUUAUUACGAGGGAAAACAUAGUACUAUCUUUAUCUUUCGUUGAGGUUCUUUUA